AUGGCACGAAAACCUCGAGGCGAAGACGACGACGAGGAGCAAGGGAGCCGUCUCUUCGUCGUUGCGAAUCGAUUGCCCAUCUCUAUCAAGCAGAGGGAUGAUGGCGGCUUCGACUUUGGUGCCUCUGCCGGUGGCCUUGCAUCUUCUCUAUCUGGUUUGGCGUCGAAGACCAAGUUCGUCUGGUAUGGAUGGCCCGGUAUCGAGGUCCAUCGCAACGACAAAGAACACCUUCGCCAAGAACUCGAACGACAGCAUAGUGCUGUGCCGGUCUUUCUCUCACAAGAGCUGGCAGAGAAACACUAUAACGGUUUCAGUAACAGUAUCUUGUGGCCGCUACUCCAUCGUAUGCCCGAUAAGGCCGACUCUCAUCCAGAAUGGUCCGAUGCAUACAAAGAGGUAAAUGAAAUCUUUGCAGAGAACCUCAUCCCCCAGCUUGAGGAUGGGGACAAGGUCUGGAUUCACGACUAUCAUUUACUGUUACUACCAUCAGCCAUUCGCCGCCGUCUACGCAACAAAAAGAUCAAGAUCGGAUUCUUCCUCCACACGCCAUUCCCAAGCGAAGACUUCUUUUCCAUUCUCCCCUUCCGAGAGGCCAUUUGCGAAGGUGUCUUCAACUCUGACGUAGUUGGUUUCCACACUCGAGGCUAUGUGGAAGAUUUCUUGGAUUCUGCCGAAAAGGUGCUGCCGGGGGUUCGUCGAUCUCCCCACGACCUUCACUACCGAGACCGCACGGUGAUUGUGCAUCAGUUUCCGAUUGGGAUCGACCCGUCACGAUUCCGCAAGGCUCUCUCUACGCCUGAAGUGCAAUCGGAGCUCACUUCUCUCACCAAGACGUACGCUGACAAGACUGUACUGCUCGGCAUUGACCGCCUUGAUUACACCAAGGGCGUUCCGCAGAAACUACUUGCUUUUGACAAUUUCUUGAAGGACAACCCAUCCUACGUCGGGAAAGUUGUCAUGAUCCAAGUCGCUGUACCUACUCGCCCGGGCGUGACCGAAUACGUCAAGCUGCAACAUCAAGUCGAACAACUCGUGGGACGCGUCAACGGUAAUCACAGUACCGCAUCUUACACGCCUGUAGUAUAUCUCCACCGCAGCAUCCCCUUCGAGCAUCUGUGCGCGCUAUACGCGCUUGCUGAUAUUUGCGUGGUAUCCCCUAUCCGGGACGGUCUCAAUCUCGUCUCGUACGAAUACACUAUCUGCCAGGCUCACAAAGCAGCUACACAGGCCUGCACUGGCCACCACAAAGAACCUGGAGUUCUGAUGCUGUCGCAGUACACUGGUGCGGCCACCACAUUGCGAGACUCGGUCAUCAUCAACCCGUGGGACACACCGCGUUUUUCGGAGGCCAUUCACAUGGCUCUACACAUGCCGCCUCCAGAACGCAAACGGCGGCAUGAGUCCAAUGUCAAAGUCGUGGAGGAGCAGACGAGCGUGAGAUGGGGACAGAAGUUCUUGUAUUGCAUGGAGACGAUGCAAGUGGAUGAUGAGGUCGAGCAGCCAAACGACCUGCAGGUGCGCAGUCAUUCCCAAGAUGAACGAGAUCGAGGUCAAUCGGACAAGGGCGUUGACGGCACAGCUGAAGACGGUGUUGAUGGUUCGACCUUGUCCGAAACUGAGAGCCGUCGUCUGGAGUCUGUGGCUAGUGCAGGCGCCAAGGACAAUCCUGACGCCUCAGGCCCGCAGCUCACGAGUCUCAGCUUCAAACGCUUGUCGCAGGAUUCUGCAGCGAGGUCGAAGGACCGCCCCUCUUUUGAUGGAAACCUGGAUGCAUAG